GGCACAUCCCCUCCUAUCGACCCUCUUCCCACCCCCCAGUCUGCUUCUUUAAGCUUGGCCUGUUCACCAGACCCGCCGUUGCUGUGGACUGCCCUUUAGGCGCCUUUACUCUGCGCAAAACUUCCAACGACCUGGGCCCGACCUCUUGACCCUUUGGCAAAGAAAAUUGUGUUGUUACUUGCUCCUUCGACCCGCUUGUCACAGCUCCUGUUGGGAUAGCUACGAUCACCAUUUCUCUUUCCCCCUUCCUUCCCCCCUCCCCCCAUAUCCCAGCAUAAUACAGAACAAAGCCUACCAGGAUGGCUUCAAAGUUUCUUAGAGAAUAUAAGCUAGUUGUUGUCGGUGGUGGUGGUGUCGGAAAGUCUUGCUUGACCAUUCAAUUGAUUCAGAGUCACUUCGUGGACGAAUAUGAUCCGACGAUUGAGGAUUCGUACCGCAAGCAGUGCGUCAUUGACGAUGAGGUCGCUUUGUUGGAUGUUCUAGAUACUGCCGGCCAGGAGGAAUACUCGGCGAUGCGCGAACAAUACAUGCGGACCGGCGAAGGCUUCCUUCUCGUCUACUCGAUAACGUCGCGUCAGUCAUUUGAAGAAAUCAUGACGUUCCAGCAGCAGAUCCUACGAGUCAAGGACAAGGACUACUUCCCCAUCAUCGUCGUCGGAAACAAGUGCGAUUUGGAGAAGGAGAGGGCUGUCACAGAAGAAGAGGGCGAGGCGCUAGCACGGCAGUUCGGCUGCAAAUUCAUCGAAACCUCCGCCAAGUCUCGCAUCAACGUUGAGAACGCUUUCUACGACCUCGUGCGCGAGAUUCGUCGGUACAACAAGGAGAUGUCCUCAUACCCGUCCGGGGCGGGCGGCUUCGGCUCCCGCGCCCCCGAGGGCAAGAUGGACGUCAGCGAGCCUGGCGAGAGUGAAGGGUGCUGUAAAUGUAUUAUAAUGUAAUGAACAGGCGUUGGAUUGAAAAGGAUACACACAUGUCGAGAUUCGGAAGGAAACAAAACAUUAUACCUCGGCAGGAAGCGAGAUCAGCACUACCCACCAUCGUGAUGCGGAAUGUGGCUUGUCGACGCGUUUGGACCGUGCUAUUAUACCAGAUGAGGCUCGUCGCCCCGAUGAUGACUGCUCCCGCCCUCAUGCCCAUGCCGCCAUCCUCUCCAUGAACGUUCG